AUGACAGUCAUUGAAGUCAAAACACUCACUGCCGAAAAGCUUGCCAAGGUUUUUGACCACGCUAUUCUUCGUCCCGAUCAAACUACGGACGAUGUGAUUCAAGGUUGUAACCUUGCACGUGAAUACAAUGUUGCCUCUGUCUGUGUUAAGCCUUGUGACGUAAAACAAGCAAGCGAGCUUCUUCAAGGCAGUGAUGUGAUGGUAGGUACUGUCAUCUCUUUCCCUCAUGGCAAUUCACCUGCUCCUGUCAAAGUUGCUGAAGCCCUUCAAGCUAUCGAGGAUGGAGCUAUUGAAUUGGACAUUGUAAUCAACAUUGGUCAUUUACGUUCUGGUCUCUACUCAGAAGUACAACAAGAACUGCAAGACAUUAUCCAGGCCAGUCGAGUCAAGAACAAGGACGUGACUUUCAAGAUCAUCUUUGAAACGGCUUAUCUUACUGACGAACAAAUCAUCAAGGCCUGUGAAAUCUCUAGAGCUGUAGGUGCCGAAUUCGUAAAGACUUCAACAGGGUUUGCCUCCGCAGGUGCAACGGUAGAACACAUCAAGUUGAUGAGGGCUAAUGUACCCGAAUCUAUGGAAGUCAAAGCUUCGGGUGGAAUCAAGACAUUGGACCAAGUUCUUGAGUUCUUGAGCUUGGGUUCUACGCGUAUUGGAUCCUCUUCGUCUGAUAAAAUCGUCCAAGAGUUUAAAAAGAGACAGCAACAAUAA